CAUUAGGCAUUUUCAAUUGACUUGAGUUUUUGCAAUUGUCCCGAAGUUAUUCAAUAUUUAGCCAAUUAAAAUGCCUUCCUUGGCAAAUAACAGCAAAGCAACGGAAAAUAAGGCGUCUGACGGGCCCGCGGAGACACCGUUUAACCAAAUGCUGACCAUCGUCGAGCAUAAAAUACGGAAUUUGGAGAAACGGAAAACAAAGCUCGACGGGUACCGAGAUUUGGAGAAAAAGGGCGAGAAACUGACGACAGAACAGAAACAUGCCUGCAAGAAGUACGAAGAAGUCAUACAUUCCCUGGAUUUGGCAAAGGAACUGAACAAGCAAUUUGCCCAAUUGGCCAAAGAAGCGAACCGUGAAGCGAAACGCGAGAGUAAAAGGAACGCUUUCUUGAAAACGCAACAAGAAUCGGCAAAAAUCCGCGAAGUGCUCGUAAUUCAGGACAUUUUGCGAUCUCUCGCCGACGACGCAGUGCGUCAAGAUUUCCUCGAUGGCACAAAUGGCGCCGUAAAAAUCGAGCAAAGCGACAUGGAUCUGUUGGAAAAGUUGUAUGUCGAGGUAACGCCGAAACGCCCAACGCGAUCUGACGAACCAACGUUUACGCAAUCGGCAACGCAUUCCGCCAACACGUUCUCAUCUGUGAUCGAUGCUCGCGCCAAAGUUUUUGGCGAUUCGACAUACGAGCAUGUCAAAGAAACGCUCCAGAGCAUCCAAAAUUGCGGCUAUUUCGAGAAGGAAAUCGUUCAGGUUGAGGAAACGAAGCCCGAAAACGAGGAUGAAACGGAAACGGAGGCAGUUGACGACGAAAAAACGUCCGAAAUUGACGUCAAUCCGGAUUCGGUAGAAGCUCCGGGUGCAAAUGCCGUGCCGAAACCCGAAGAAUUGAUAAUGCACAUGCAACAAGCCGCUGCUGUCGCCUCAAAUCCCGUCGCUCCAGCGAUUGCGGUGCCCGUAGCGCCUGUUCCCGUGAUGCCCGUAACUACGGUCCGUGCUGUCGAGCAGAAUUAUUACAAGCAGUAUAUGCAACAAGCGCCUCAGCCCACGUUACGCCCCAUUCACGAGGUCAUCGGUACCGGAAAUUUCCAUUUUCUGCAAGAUUCUGAGCUCGAUUCGAGCGACAUGAUAAUGACAACUGCCCCGUUUCCGCAAGUUUUGCCAACUCCCAUCGCCCAAAAGUUGCCCCCGACUGCGGGCGGCGUAAUUUCAGGCAUUCCCGCGGCAUCUCCUGUCGUAAAUUCAGUUCCGCAGCGCGAAAAUCCCGUCACUCCGUUACAACAAACGCCCGUAAAUGUGCUGUCGUCGUUGGCUCAAGCUCAAACUUCGCCGCCGCAACCAACGACGUUCCCCGGAAACGCUUUUCCGGCGAUGCAAACCCCUCAACAGCCCGCGCCGACGAUGUUCAGCGCCAACGUACUCAGCAAAGAUCAACCUCACAUUCCCCCGUUUGCGAAUUCACCGCAAAUUCCAAUGCAAGUCGUAAAUUCGCAAAUUCCGGGCUUCGCAAUGAACGCGCAAGCCACGCCCACGAACGCCAUGGCGCAAAUUGCUCAGCUGCAGAACAUGAUUCAGCAGCAGCAACAACUUUCGGGCAGUAUUAAAGUCAAUCCGGCGAAAGAUUUGGUCAACACGGACGAUUUGACGGAAAAACUCAAGUCAACGUUGCACAUCAACGACAACGCGGCGCCCAAAAAUGCGGAAAAUUUGCUAAAAUCCGCACAAUCGCCCCUCACAAACACCGAAUCGCAAGACUGGAAUGACGUGAACAACGACGCCAACAGCUGGAGCAACCAGAUGGCGGAAGAAAAUUCGCGAAAUAAUGUCGGCGAUCGCUUCAAACGAGGCAACAACAACAUCGGCGGCAUGUUUCGCGCUUCUUCCGACAAAUAUGGCGGCAAUGGAAACUCGUAUCGUCCGCGAAACACCUACCAAAAUGGCGGAAAUCGCAUGAAUUCCAACAAUGGAGGCGAAAAUUCUUCAAAUUCGGUGUUUUUCCGCAACAACGAUCGGUAUUACAGUCAGCAGAAUGGCAACAAUAAGGACUCGUAUGGCGGCAAAAGUUCCGCCGGCAACGGAAAUCUCGGUUACAACAGCAAACCAUCGCGUACGGAUGGCAUGAUGAACAAUCGUCCGCCUCGGAUGCAAGCUGCAGCGGGUAAUAAUGAGUAUCGCUCUCGUACUGGCGGCGCAAAUGGGCGUGACAAUCGCGGAGGACUCAAAGCAUAAAUUUGAAAAGACAUUUUUUUCCUUCUCUUCAUUUUUAUUACACACAAAAAACACUCUUUGAACACACAAAUUACGAAUAUUUAUGAUGAUACAUUGGCUUUAAAGCAACAAAAACAACAUUCUAGUAAUAAAUAUUACAAUAAACUUGAUUUAGUUCCAACUUUGGUAGCGAACGAAAAAUCAAAACAAAAAAAAUUGUCUUUUUUUCUCCUGAUUUUUUUUAACUUGAAAGACUUUAAAAUGGAAAAUCCGUAUUC